AUGGAACCGAAACUCUCCAUUUCCUUCUUCUUCUUCCUCUUCCUCUCCAUCUCCACCGCAGCUCCUCCGGCUAACGAUACGGAUGCUCUAACGCUCUUCCGCCUCCAAACCGACACCCACGGCAACCUCCGCUCCAACUGGACCACCACCACCACCUCAAACGUCCCCUGCUCCUGGCUCGGCGUCGGCUGCUCUGCCGACACCGGUCGAGUCAUCUCCCUCACCCUCCCUUCCCUCUCCCUCCGCGGCCCGAUCAGCUCCCUCGCCUCCCUCGACCAGCUCCGCUACCUCGACCUCCACGACAACCGCCUCAACGGCACCGUUGCCCCCAUCGCCAACUGCUCCAACCUCAAGCUCGUCUACCUCGCCGGGAACGACUUCUCCGGCGAGAUCCCUCGUUCGAUCUCCUCCCUCCACCGGCUCCUCCGCUUGGACCUGUCGGACAACAACCUCGGCGGUUCCAUCCCUCCGGAAAUUGGCAAUUUGACCAAGCUCUUGACUCUUCGGCUCCAGAGCAAUGCCCUCACCGGCCGAAUUCCGGACAUCUCCGGCUCCAUCCCCGGACUGAAAGAGCUGAAUCUGUCCAACAACGAGCUGUACGGAAGGGUCCCCGACGGGUUGGAGAAGAAAUUCGGCCGCCGGGGCUUCUUCGGAAACGAAGGGCUCUGCGGAUCCGGCCCUUCGCUCCCCGUGUGUUCAUUUACAGGGGACGAAACGGUGCCGUCGAACCCAACCACGAUCCCGCAAUGGAGCAGCCCUCCGGUGGUGGAAAGCCAGACCUCGCAGCGGCCGGGGCACAGAGGAUUGAGCACCGCAGCGAUGGCGGCGAUGAUCAUCGUCGUCUGCGUAACAUUCCUCGUCGCGGCGUCGUUCCUAGUCGCCUACUGCUGCGGCGGAGUAGGAGACGGGGGAUCGUCGAAGGUCGGGAGCGAGAUCGAGAGCGGGAAAAGGAGGAGCAGCGAGAGCGACGGGGUGGAGAGGAGCAAGCUGGUGUUCUAUGACGGCGGGAGGGACCAGCCGCCGCCGUUCGAAUUGGAGGAUCUGCUCAAGGCGUCGGCGGAGAUGCUGGGGAAGGGGAGCCUGGGGACGGUGUACAAGGCGGUGCUGGACGACGGCAGGUGGACGGUGGCCGUGAAGCGGCUGAAGGACGCGAAUCCUUGUGGGAGAAGGGAGUUCGAGCAGUACAUGGAAGUGAUCGGGAAGCUGAAGCAUCGUAAUAUCGUCAGGUUCAGAGCUUAUUACUAUGCCAAAGAAGAGAAGCUUCUGGUUUACGAUUUCAUGCCCAACGGCAGCCUCCACUGGCUUCUCCACGGGAACAGAGGACCGGGCCGAAUCCCACUGGACUGGACCACGAGGAUCAGCCUGGUACUCGGAUCCGCCCGUGGGCUAGCCAAGAUCCACGAGGAAUACCGGUCGGCCCGAAUCCCCCACGGCAACGUGAAAUCCUCCAAUGUCCUCCUCGACAGAAACGGCGUCGCUUGCAUCGCGGAUUUCGGCCUCUCCCUGUUGCUAAACCCGGUCCAUGCCGUCGCCAGGCUGGGCGGGUACCGAGCUCCCGAGCAGAUGGAGACCAAACGGCUCUCUCAGAACUCCGACGUGUACAGCUUCGGCGUCCUCCUCCUCGAAGUCCUCACCGGAAGAGACCCCGACGAAGUCGUGGCAGCGGCGGCGGGGGCCGGGGAUCUGCCGGGGUGGGUGAGGUCGGUGGUGAAGGAGGAGUGGACGGCGGAGGUGUUCGAUCAGGAGCUGAUGAGGUACAAGAACAUCGAGGAGGAGAUGGUGUCGAUGCUCCACGUGGCGCUCGCCUGCGUGGCUUCGGCGCCGGAGAAGAGGCCCGAGAUGGUGGAGGUGGUGAGGAUGAUUGAGGAGAUCAGGGUGGAGCAGUCGCCGUUGAGGGAGGAUUGCGACGAGUCGAGGAACUCGCUCUCGCCGUCGCUUGCUACUACGGAAGAUUGAAUUGGAGGGGUUCUCAUCUCUUUCGUAAGUGUAGUAAGUUAUUUUUUUAUCGUAAGUGUAGUAAGUUAUUUUUUUAGUUGAUUAUAUUACUUGUUGUUUAUGUUGGAUCUCUCAAGCCCAACAAAGUUUGUAGAUGGUAGCUAGUUGCCUAGUGUGGUACUUGUUUUUGUUCAAGUCUUUGUUCGUGUGAAGUGCUCUUGUUCAUUUGUCUUGAGAUGUGUUCGUUUGUUGUUAUUAUUUGCCAAAUAACUGAAUAAGAUCAUAGUUGUGAAGGUUGAGGUGGUAUUUUCAUCAAAGGGUGUCAAAGAUUUGGAAUUAGUAAGUUAUUACUAACCGUUUUUACUUUUUUAAGUGACACAUUGGAAUCUGAAUUGGUAAAGGUCUGCAAGGCACUAUUAGAUUACUUUAUAUGAAUUUAUGGAAGU